AUUAGUGGCGUGUGCGGGUUGGUGUUUUUACAUCCCCCACGUGCGCCCUAAAAGCAGAGACCUCCCUACAGACAGGAUCAUGGUGGAGCUGACAUGUCUUACUGCUUAUUGGCCUCUCGUCCGAUUCCUGGUUCCCUUGGCUAUCACCAACAUAGCCAUCGAUUUUGGGGAACAGGCUUUGAACCGAGGAAUCGCUUCAGUAAAAGAGGAUCGCGUGGAGAUGCUGGCCAGCUACGGUUUGGCCUACUCACUUAUGAAGUUCUUUACUGGGCCCAUGAGUGACUUUAAGAGUGUUGGGCUGGUGCUGGUAAACAGCAAGAAGGACAGAAGGAAAGCAGUGCUGUGUAUGGUCUUAGCCGGUGUUGUAGCUGCAAUCUUCCAUACUCUUAUAGCUUACACAGAUUUAGGAUAUUACUUCAUCAACAAACUCCACCAUGUAGACGAAUCUGUUGGAAAAAAGACACGGAAGGCAUUUUUUUACCUUGCAGUGUUCCCUUUGCUGGAUGCCAUGGCAUGGAUUCAUGCUGGCAUCCUGCUAAAGCACAAACACAGCCUGCUGGUUGGCUCGGCUUCCAUCUCUGAUGUUGUAGCGCAGAUCAUAUUUGUGGUGGUCCUACUCCACAGCAACCUGGAGUGUGCCGAACCCUUGCUCAUUCCAAUUCUGCCUUUGUACAUGGGAGCACUGGUGCGCUUUAGCAUUGUGGGAUUGGGCUACUACUGCAAAGUUCAUGACAACAUUCCUGACUCCUGGAGCCAGGACAUGGGGGGAGAUACCACCGUCAGGAAGAUGUUAAACUUCUGGUGGCCACUUGCACUCAUACUGGCCACCCAGAGGAUCAGCAGGCCUGUCGUUAACCUGUUUGUGUCUCGAGAUCUCAAAGGCAGCGCUGCUGCCACUGAGUCUGUAGCAGUGCUCACAGCCACCUACCCAGUGGGACACAUGCCCUAUGGUUGGCUGACCGAACUACGGGCUGUCUAUCCAGCCUUUGACAAGAAUAACUCAUCCAACAAGCUAACUGCUGGAGCUGGAGUGACAAAAUCCCAUAUCAACAGGUUCACUUUAGCCUGCUUUACUCUCUCUGUAACGCUAUGCUUCGUAGUGUUCUGGACCCCUGGUGUGUCCGAGCUGAUCCUGGUGAAUGUAAUUGGAGUGGAUGCGAAUUUUGCUCAGCUCUGCACUGUUCCUCUUCUGAUAUUCUCCUUCUUCCCUAUUCCAGUGACCAUUCGAGCUCAUCUGACAGGCUGGUUGAUGACGCUGAGGAAGACGUUUGUGCUGGCUCCUAGCUCUUUGCUGAGGAUAAUCGUGCUCAUCAUUAGUCUCAUAGUGCUUCCUUACAUGGGUGUACAUGGUGCUACAUUAGGAGUGGGCUCACUACUGGCCGGCUUCGUGGGAGAAGCCACAAUGGUGGCAGUGGGGGCAUGCUGCGUGUAUCGACAGCAGAAAAAGAUUUCAGGCAGAGAGCAAGAUACACAGGUGGAAAACUCUUCCCCAAUGGGAGAUACCACAUCUGCAACGGCGUUAGAUGACAUUGAAGAGCUGGACGAGGAAGAAGGACAGGAGGAUGGGAUUAAAUUGAAUUGAGCGAAAAGAGAACCCUGAGGUGAAAUGAUGACAAGGGAAAAACACAGAAUUUUGCUUGGGAUUUUGUGUAUUAGCUAAAAGAAAAAAUUAACAAUGCAAACCAUACUCCUGAAACCAAAUUACAGCACUGUCAUGUGUGAGUGGAGCUUUCCUGCUCAGUCCAAGCCUAAGCUGACGGACCUGCUACAGCACUUUCUACAACUGACAGAACCUUUUUGCACUGAAGUCCUCCACAGUCUCAGCAUUUUCAGUACCGAAAACGGGAGUGGCUGGAAGAUGUUUUUCUCUGCUUCACACCAUCUUGUCAAAUCCAACACCCAAGUACAUCUAAUUGCUCAGAGGGUGUUAAUCUGGCACAAAAGCUCUGAACUUUAACACAGUGGUACUGUUUGGGACAGUAUGGGCCUUAAAAUGCACAAUAUCUGUUAUUGCACAUUGUCUGUUAACGCACAAUAGACUGUCAAUGUAUUACAGUGAUAGCUACAAAUGUUACAGCGUACUUUAAUUGAGCUCUUCAGGGAAAUACACAAAGGAGAUGCAUAUCAUUUUUCUUUAUUUUGUUUAUCCCAAACUUGUACUCUUUGAUUAAUGGUAGAUUGCAUGGAUUAUUUAUUUGGGAAUUAUAUAUACUUUUUGUUUAGAGCCUUCUGUGGUAAAGAAAGCUUUCUAACAUCAGCUUAGACAGAAAUCUUCAUAUUAAACGAUGCAGGAGUGUGGAGAUGACAAGAAUUGCUAAACCAUUUAAUUACUGUUUUCUCGGAAGCCUUUUGAUAAAGAUUUAUACACAUGCUUACAAGUCUUUGUAGUUUAGAAAACAAUGCUUUAUAAUAUUUUUUAUAAACUAUACAAAUCCACAUCAAGCUAUAUUAUGGUUUAUAAAUAAAUGUCCCCGGAAACAACAGUAAAACGUACAAUGCACUAAAAGUGUGAACUUUCAUUUCAGAUUCUAAAUAAAGCACUUCAAUUCCA